AUGAAUUCCGUCCUCGUUGUUUUCCUCUUUGUCAGCCUUUCAUUGGUAUACGAUAACAAUGUUGACGCCGCAGAUUGCGGUCCUGUUUGUAUGAUGUACUGUCGCUAUGGUAACGUGAUGGACGAAAGAGGGUGUCCCUUGUGUAAAUGCAACCCUGGCCCGCAUACAGACCAGUGUGAAAAGUCAGUCUGUGACAAGGUAUGUUCCCAUGGUUACGUCGAUGGCGUAGAGGGUUGUCCGACAUGUGAAUGUAUCAUUCCGCAGUAA